CAUAUUCCUAAAUCACUUUACAGUCUGUGGUAAUGAGGAAGAAAAAGGACUUUGCUCACAUCUUGUGCAAGUCUUGUGAUGCUGCGGAUCUGCUUCUGAUCGUCACACGAGAGCAGACGCUGACUGACAUCUGUGAGGUCAUACAGUUAUUUGCAAACCCUGCUCUGCCCGUGACGUGAUUUGCCACUUUGCCAUGGAAUGGAAGAGUAACCUGCGGCGCACCCAGUCACUGAAGAGCGUCGCCUCGUCAUGUGACAAGCCCACCUGGACGGAGGCAGGACUGUGGGACAAGAAAGCAUCUGUGUCCUCACUAGUCGCAAGGUAUCAAACUACAGCGGAAGUGAGCGCAUCGAUUCCAUCAACCCCGGUCAAUAAUGGUGAAGUGAAGCCAAAGCAAGUGUUGAAAGAGAUAUCACCAUCUCUUGCGGAGGUUAAAGAGACUCGUCUGGUGUCUCUGAUGAGGAGAAAUGACGAGAGGGAAGGGUCUCGAGCCGAAACCGGUUUAACGCGCAGUAAGUCGAUGGGGAGCCUUCACAGCACCGCCGGCUCCAUAGGGGCCCUGAAGGCUCUGUUCGAGUCAAAGGCUAGCGCACGAGACAAGGUGAGGAACGGCUUCAGAGCGGCGGACUUCACGUCGCCUUACAAGGCGGCAGACUUCAGGCCGGUGAUGAAUGGGGAGAGCGAGGAGGUGAAGAAGUCUGCAGAGGACCAGACAAAACCUACAGCUGAUGCGCUGGUAAAGGAAACUGAUGCAAAAGAGGAUCGAGUGACUCGAAAGGUGGUGAAUCAGACCCAGAGAGAGAGGAGAAAAACAAUAGGGGGUAUUGAUUUCGAGGAACUUGCAGCCUUUCAAGCUGAUGAAAAGAGGAGGUCGAUUGCAGACUUCAGAGACAGCUCCUUCGUCCAAACCAAGGAGAAACUGUGUGUCUCGGUCAAAGCUAUGUCUGCCCUCUAUCUGUCAAAGGCCGCACCUCAGGAGCAAACACGCAGUCUUUUCAGAGCGGCACAAGAUCAGUCAUCUGAACCUGGUAAAAGAGUUAAACUAACCAAGAUGGCCGAAGACUCCCAACAAAGGAAAGAUGACCUUCCUCCUCCUCGUUUAGCCGGACAUCAGUCAGGACCAGAAGACAUCUCUGGUGCACAUUUCCAACAAUCCAUGCCUGCCCAGCUUUCCAAAGAAGAGUUAUACCAGCAGCGGCAGAAAUGUGAGCUGAGAAGACUCCUGAAGCACACCCACCCAGAGCUGAAGAUGCUGGAUGAAGUUGUGGACGAGGAGCUCGCUGAGGUUUUGAGCUCAGAGACUGGGGUGACAGCUGGUGAAACUGGAUACGAGGGAGAGGUCCUCUCAAGACGCUUGAUAUUUGAGAACUGUGCCUUGAGUAACAAAAUUUCUCAUUACACCCCCAAGAUUCACAUGGCAGAUGGAGCAGCGGAUGGAGGUGAUGUCAGUAAAACGUCAGCAGUGUUUGAGGAGCAAGGGCAGAGGCCAUGUAAUGAAAGCGUUAAAGGAUUUGCGGAGGAUGACAAAACCCUUGGUUCUAGUCCAGAACCGAACAGAGAGUGUGAUGAGGAGAUGAUAAGAAUAGAUGUCCAUGCUACCAGGAGGGUAUUUGAGAGUCAGUCUCUGAAAACAUCAAGGUCAAAUCCAGAUAAUAAGUUGCAAGGGAAAGUUUCUAUUUGCGGAGAUGAGACAGGGUCAGUCCAAAAACGAAAACACGAGUUGGAAAUGAGUAGCAAAGAAAGUCAACACAGUGAAAAUAAAAGCAACGCAUGCAACAAAAGUCUUGGUUUGACAGAUCGGCCCCAUGAACAAGGUCCAUGUGUUCAUAUUGUUGGGCAAAGCACUCAAAGUAAGUUUCCUGGCGGGGAAGAGGUUUUUUCUGGUGAAGCAGCCUUUGAGGACAACCCUACAAGUCUUUCAGGUGCAGAAGAAUCCGGGGAAAUUAUUAAAACAAGUGCAGCUCUUCUCAAAAACAACCCGUUCAUCACAACAAACGUAGAAAGAGAAAAUUCCUGUGUUCAUGCAUCAAAAUCCCAGAUCCCAGCUAGUCCCAGUGGGGCUGCUGAGGACUGUCUAAUAACUAAUGUCAAAAACAGAGCCUAUCUGUUUGAAUCAAUGCCAUUUGACAAAAUUAGGCAUCAGAACAAGGAUGAAAUUGAGACGUUGGUAGAGAACAUCAAGGAAACACUGAAUACCCUUUAUCGCGUUAAUGCUGUACAUUCAGAUGGCUCGAUCAUCGAAGUGAACGAGACAAUGAUUGCUAAAAGGGCUAAAUUCACACUAUCAGAGAGUGGGCCUGAGAUCAAAUAUGAUGAGGUGGCUGAAGGCGGUGCACAAAACUUCAUAGUCCAGUUGCUACCACGGGCCCACCUAAAGCCUCAGAUCACUUACAUAAAGGAGGAUAGUAAAGGAAUUAUGGAGGCCACAGUGGUGAAUGUACCUGUGCACCAGCGUCAGUUCACUACCAGCCAAGACAUAGAGGUCAAAACUGCCAAUGUGGUUCAGCUUGUUGAGGAUAUUCUCAAUCAAGAUAACUCUCUGAGGAAAGGAGUGAUCAUUCAGGAGGAUGCCAACAAAUGCGCUGAAGUCAUUGUUUACUCCCUCUACAACUAUUUUGAUGAGGAAGAUGUGAAAGGUUACAGUGCUCCACAAGGGCAUGCUGUGGAGUAUGAUGAACCAGAAACAGAGAAAAUUGAUAUUACUAAAACAGAAAAUCAAGGACUAAGAAAAGGCAUUAUCGAAUCAACCAUAAACUGCCUUCUAGAAACUUCUCAAGACCAAACCUGCACAGGAUCAAUCAGGCCUGAAGUCACAGUAAAAGGGAAUGUGAAACUGUUCAGAAGCUGUAUUGAAAAGGGAGAUCUGGAAUAUUUGAAAACUCUUCAGGCUGAGCCAACAGUGGAAGAAGAAGAAGUCACUCCGAGCCAAACUGUGGCUGAACAAAGCACAAAGCUUGAUCAGGAACUGAGAGGAGAUCAAUCAGAGGAAAGUUCAGAGUGGAUACCAGUGGAUGUAAAGAGACUGAAAAGCAUGUUCUCUGGAGAACAAAGACAAAACCAAGAAAAGCAAAAUAUUCAUAAAAACCGUGCCCAAUCUACCACCAUUUCUCAUGCAUUUACAGGUCAAACUGUGCCACUUGGAAAGACCCAGUCCUCUAAAGAAUGCAACAUUGGGGUAUUCGACCAUGGGAAAAGUAAAAAUACCUUUUUGGAGUGUGGGGGCCGAGCACAAGAGAAAGUGUGUAACUUCACAACUGAACCACAAGAGUGUUUUCAACAUCUUGAGACACAGGAUGAUGACAGGGUCCACCAGGCUGAAUUAGUUCAGGCGGUAGAUGACAGUGACGAAAUCUCAAACCUCCAAACUGCAAUCCACAGCCUCCAACAGGCCACAAUCGAGGCCAAAUCAUUGUAUGACUCAUCACAAAUCAAGAAUCAAUAUUCCCAGGAACCUGUUGUUUCGGUUACAGCAUGUGAUGUCAAACACUCAAGAACAGAAGCAGGAUCACAUCAAGAAAAUGAGGACCAAAAAGUGGACUCAUGCACUGAGCCAAGGUGGGAUCAAGUUCCAUCCAACGUCACAUCCGGAUAUAAAUCAGACCGCCAAUAUGAAAAUACAGAGACAUGCCAUGCAGACAUUAAUUCUAACAAACUGCAAACUACUGAGACAUGCAUCAAAAAGGAUCAAAAAGACAUGGAUGUGGUCCAGAAACACUGUGAGGCUGUGGUUGAUAAUUUAGAAACAUCACCUGCACAACAAGAGGAAGAGGAAGUUGUUUUUCAAGGUAAACUUCAGGCAGCUUUGGACUCCUUGGGGAGAUCCAACAUUAAUGUCACAAGGGGAGAUUUCAAAGCAGCUAUGAUAUAUAGAAACUCUUCCAAAAAUCCCAAAGAAAGAUCACAAAAUGUGGAUGUGGCAGCUGUUCUAAACCCCAUUAUUGAUGAGUGUUGUCCUUUGACUGAAUCUAAAUCAACUCAAGUGCCAUUGAGACAAGAGAUCUCCAAGGAAGAGGUGACUGCAGCAAAUGCAAAGCCUCAGAGCCAAAGUGAAACCCUAAAUAAACCAGCUACAAGUAUUGUACCAGAGAAAAGCAAAAGGCCUGUUGGACCAAAGCCCACCCUCCCACCUAAACCGGAGCAUCUGAAAGCAAAACAAAGAGAUAAUCAAUCAACCAACACAAAGAAUCCUGAGGCAACCCAAACAAAAAAUAUAAGACCUGAAAUGAAAAAGCAAUCCAAAGAAGAAACUGUUGCUCAACCCCUGAUAACAUCAGUGUCGUGUAAGGAUGAACAUAUGAAAGACCUGCCCAAAACGAACAGUGCUGCAGACUCAGGGUCAUAUUCAGUAGAUCAUAAAGGUGAAAUUAUUCAGGUGUCUCAGAAAAUUCAAAUAAGAGAUCAAGUACAAGGCUCAAUCGAUAACACAGACAAGAAUAGUUUUAAUCGUCCAGAGGAGAAAAAUCCCACAGCAAGAGCGGAAAAACCCCUGGAAAAACCCCCCGUCAGCGAGAAUAUGAAUGAAACAGAUGAAAGUCAUGUAGAUUUUCAUGAAGCAUGCCAGAAAUUUGGAGGUAAAAAGGCAUUUUCAGUGAAGAAUGCCCCUGUAAAACCAAAGAGAGUAAAAAUUGCCCAGCCUGACAACAAAAACCCACAAGAUACAUCUGGAGAUAAUAAUUCCACUAUUCUCGUACAUGCAGAUUCAAAACUGCAACAGACCAUAACUGGUCCAUCCUACAAUGGUGCAAACACCAGUGGAGAAACUGCUGACAGCAAAGACAACCACAAGAGAGAAACGAUACAAGAAAGCAAAGUUGAGAUGAGGGGAAAAAAAGGACGAACCGAGACAGAGGACGAGCGCCGACAGCGGCUGUCAGUUCACAUGGAUGAGAUCAUGAGGGGGAACAUAACAGCAGCCAUGGAAAUUUUUGACAACUUGCGAAAACAGGAGGAACUGCAGAGCAUUCUCGGUCGAGUUGAGGAAAUUGAACAGGACACAAGCGAGGUUGAUGUGAGGUCUCUGAGGGGAGUAUUUGAGAACGUCCCUGACUGGGUUGUCAGCUCCAACAAAAUGAAACAAAAAAAGGUAGAAGUGGAACACAGAGAGGAAAAGUCACAUUUGAAGGAUCACCCUGAAAGUAAGUCCUCAAUGGCGCAUGUUUUUGGAGAUCUUGAGAGAGCCAGUGAGGAAAUCAUGAAUCUAAAAGAGCAGACAUUGGCCAGACUUAUGGACAUAGAGGAAACCAUAAAGAAGGCUCUUUAUUCUGUCUCUACAUUGAAAUCUGACUCAGAUAUUGUUGGUUUAUCAUGCCUGUUCAAAGAGUCCUUAGGGGCGGCGCAAGGAUCCCCAUCCUCUGGUAAUAUUAGCAAAAUUAGCAUCGGGUCAAGCAGAACAAAAUCACUGCAGACACAGGAAAGUGCUACCAUAACGGGAAACACAACUCUCCAAUCUGGGCAAGGUGCAAGCGAUGAAGUAUCCUCUGCAAAACAACGAGCAAGUCCCACAUCUUCACCUGCCUUCAUCUCCAUACAGUCAGCUGCUAGAAAGACGGAUAAAAUAGAUGUGGCGCCACCAGAGACCACAAUCUGUCCAACAUGUCAGCAAAGCCCAAAGACGGAGGAGAAAUUCCGGACAACAAAGACCCUGACAUGCAACAGCCCUGCUCAAAACAGAAAGAGGGACCCCAGAAAAGGAGGUCAAAAACAAUCCACUUGCAGUCCACUUAACCCUCAACGAGAGCUCAGUGUACUUGAGGUUCAGACUGACCGUGACGGAAACAGUAUUAAAGGAACCAAAACAGUCACAGAGAACUAUGAGCGGACCGAUAACUUUGGUAAUCGGUUUUACUCAUCCAAAACCUCCACUGUUGUCACUACUCAGCCAGAGACAACAACAUCAUCCACAUGUCAGGCAGUGGUCAGCCCGGCUACAUGUCAGGUCACAACAUACCCAGAAGUUCGGCUGCCGAUCAAUCAGAAACCUUAGAUCAAUCACAGACAGGAUGCAGUUAGUCACUGUAUAGGGCAAUGUUUUUCAUAUUCUUUAUGGCAAAGUUGUCAUGUAAAUAAUUUUAUUGGCUAAGAUAUUAAUUACGUUGUUUAUCAUUGCUGGUUUCUUUAUUUGUAAGAGGUUGUCAUUGAUUUGAGAUAUUAUUUAUGUUUGAGGAUUUUUUUUUCAGCUUAUAUUCUUAAAAAAGGGUUUUUGACUUAUAAUUGAAAUUAAAUACACAUUUUUGGUUUUAAUUCA